GCAGCCGUUCUCCCAGGGGGCGCCGGCAGAAGGAGCGCGUGGCCGCGCGCCUCCCUCCCUUCCUUUCUGGGAUGAUCGUGAAAUGCUGCGCAGGGCCGGUAUCGAUCGGGCUAACGGGCUGAGCAGCGCGGCGGCCAGAGGCAAUGUGGACGAGGCGCGAAGGCUGCUGGAGGGGGGCGCCGACCCCAAUGGGAUGAAUUCUCACGGCAGGAGCGCCAUUCAGGUGAUGAUGAUGGGCAACCCCCAAAUGGCGGAGCUGCUGUUGCAGAGGGGAGCGGACCCCAACCUGCGGGACCCCACGACCGGCUCGUUCCCGGCUCACGACGCGGCCCGCGGGGGGUUUCUAGACACCCUGCGGGUCCUGUGCCAAUGGGGUGCUCGCUUCGAUCUGCCGGACUACCGGGGGCGCCUCCCCCUUGACCUGGCGGUGGAGAACGGGUGGACCCAGGUGGUCGCUUAUCUUUCCGACGGACGCCAGCAAGGAAACCCUGCGAAGGAGGAAGAAGAACGCCGACCCGGAGUUUGAAUCCGGAGCGUUUCUCUUUAUACCCAUUGUUGUCAACUUUAAAUCUUGUAAGCCUCCUGAGUUCUUUUCAAGGAGAAAGGCAGGGUAAACGUUAAUAAAUAAAUAAAUAAAAUAAA